AUGGUUAAACCAAACACUACAGACGACCAAUACUCCGACGUAUACGGACUCACGCAAGCAGAACUCGAAGAUCUUGAGUUUGAAGCAGAUAUCAUCAACCAAGAUUGGGUAGAAGCCACCAGGAAGAUGUUUGCUGGGUAUACCAUCUACGUGUAUUACGGCUCCUCUCUCAAGCUGAACAUCAAAAGCGCCAAGCACCUGCCCUCCAGCUUCACUGCCAGGACAAUUAUCAUCACCUCGCCUGGUACCUUCUACAGCCAACUGUUUAAGAAGACCUACCUUCCCAUCGUGUUCACCGACUCCGAUGGCGACAUUGAAAUUGGCGACAUCGAGGACGACCCCACAGACGCCGAUAUGAUGAUCGUCAAGGGUGGACAGACUGUGCAGCCAGAGGACGCCACCGAGUGGAGGAGGAACAAAAAGCGUGUCUAUGAGCAGGACGUCGCACCACGGAACUACAAGGAGGCCAGCCGCCACACAGCCACGCACGUGCUGAUCCAGUACAAGUAG